AUGGCUCCCACAGAAAAUAUGACUUCGCGCAAACCUCGUAGACAGAAUAAUCACAAUCCUGUCAACAUCACCGAUUAUGAAUCUGAUACCCCAUACUAUUCUGACAUGCAGCAACAACCUGCACCCCCGCUCCGCUCGAACGAAGACCUCAACCUCUCCGUCAUCCGCCGCCACAAGCCCUCCGUGACCUCCAUCCUAUCACUCGCCCCUUACGCAGUGGUCUACAUCUUCAGUCCCACCACGAAACAAUGGGAAAAGAACGGAGUUGAAGGAACCUUGUUUGUGUGCCAGGAAACACAAGGCGAUCUAGGCGAAGAGCGCUACACUGCCUUCGUACUAAACCGCCGCGGGCUGAACAACUUCGAUCUUCCCCUCACCGACAGAGAGAAUGUCGAAAUUACAGAUGACUAUGUGAUUCUCAAAGCGGAAGAAAGUUCUCAAGGCGAAUCCGGACAGAAUGGCAUCGCCGACCCCUUGCACCCGCAGAAUGUGCCUAACAACCAGACCGCCACGAACAACGUGCGCAUUUACGGUCUUUGGAUUUACUCAGAGCCGCCGCCAAACUCCACCGCAGAGAGUCGCACCAUCAAUGCCCAGAUGAUCCUUGAGUGCGCCACCCACGCUGGGGAGAGCUUGAAGCUAGCUCGCGAGCGCCUCGAGGCAAUGCGCCAGAACAGCCUACACCUCGCGGCAGCGGCAGCUUCCACAACGGCUCCCCCGAUAGAGGAAAUACAGGCUGGGGUACCUAUGGGACGUCAGAUCUCGCUGAAGGAUCUUUUUGGCCAGCAGCGCGCUCAGGACGACGGUUGGAGUGUGCGCGCACACCAUGUGGGCCCCGAGCAGCACCAGCAGCAUCAGCAACUAUACCCACAACAACCUAACUACCAACACAUGAUGCCUCAGCAAAUGCCGUCUCCUGCUCCCCCACCGCAGGCGCAAUCCGAUGUGCUAGGAGAUCUGUUCCGGAGGGCAGGAUUAGCCCAUCAAGGCAAUGGACAGGGGCACUAG